GGCAGCUUUUAGGUCGCCCCCGAUGUCUUCAGGACCCUGAGCUAGCACGUCUGACAACGUUAGCUAACAGGCUAACAGGCUAACAAACAGCGGCUCAGACAGGAAAGUAGAAACAACAGAGUUUAAUGAAAAUGGCUGAAGUCAAAGUGAAGAAGGAGACAAACCUCUCGGAUCCUGCCGAGGUGGAGAACAGGAUCAAAGAACUGUGUCAGCAGUUUCCUCACGGUAUAACAGACCAGGUGAUCCAGAACGACCUGCCUCACCUGGAGCCUCAGCAGAGAGCCAUGGCCAUCAACAAGCUGCUCUCAUUGGGUCAGCUGGACCUGCUGAGGAACAGCUCAGGCCUCCUGUACAGACUGAAGGACACUCAGAGCGCCAGUAAGAUGAAAGGUUCAGACAACCAGGAGAAGCUGGUUUAUCAGAUCAUCGAGGACGCAGGAAACAAAGGGAUCUGGAGCAGAGACAUCCGCUUCAAGAGUAACCUCCCUCUGACUGAGAUCAACAAGAUCCUGAAGAACCUGGAGUCUAAGAAGCUCAUCAAAGCUGUGAAAUCUGUGGCCGCAUCUAAGAAGAAGGUGUACAUGCUGUACAACCUGCAGCCGGAUCGCUCAGUGACGGGCGGAGCUUGGUACAGCGACCAGGACUUCGAGUCCGAGUUCGUCGAAGUCCUCAACCAACAGUGCUUCAAGUUCCUGCAGAGCAAGGCUGAAGCAGCGAGGGACAGUAAACAGAGUCCCAUGGUUCAGAGGAACAGCUCCUUCGCCACCUCACAUGAAGUCUGGAAAUACAUCUGUGAGCUGGGAAUCAGCAAGGUGGAUCUGUCCAUGGAUGACAUCGAGACCAUCCUGAACACACUCAUCUACGACGGGAAGGUGGAGAUGACCGUCAUCGCCGCCAAGGAGGGGACAGUGGGCAGCGUGGACGGACAGAUGAAGCUGUACCGCGGAGUCAAUCCCAUCAUCCAGCCCACAGGCCUCGUCAAGACACCCUGCGGACUCUGCCCGGUGUUUGACGACUGUCACGAGGGAGGAGAGAUCUCUCCGUCCAACUGCAUCUACAUGACGGAGUGGUUGGACUUCUGACAGCCACUUGUCGCUCUCGCCUCUUUUCUCUGUGAUGAAAAGUUGAGUUUAUUUUCCUGGCGGUCUGUGAUCCAUCUCUGUUCUCUUCUAUUUAACACAAACUUUAAUAAAAGUGUGGAAACGA